CCGAAGUGUAUAUAUCAACACAGCACAAUGACCGACCUCACCCCCACAUUCACCCAGCUGGUGCACAGCAAAUCGCCGACCUCGAAACUCUCCACAGGGUACAUGACGACCGAAAUCGCCGACGAAUUCCUCAAAGAAGCCUACCGAAUUAACUCCCACAUAACAUCCCUACUAUCCUACCUCCAAACCAUCCGCCCCUCGUACCUCUCCCUAAACAACACAAAACCAACCACCACCAGCACCACCAGCACCACCCAAAACAAACCGAAUGAAAUACUAGACGACUCCGCCCGCGACACCAUAACCACCACCACCUCAUCCUUAUUAUCCAACCUCUCCACAUCAAUAACCACCCUCAGCGCAGCAGAGAAUCUCCGCCAGGAGACAGUCUCGCGAAGCAUUACCCAACGCUUCGGGAAGGGAGUAUUUGCCCGUUGGGCUAGCGGAGCCACUCUUACUUCCCCUGGGGAUGGCAAUGAGGGCAAAGAAGCAGAGCAGAUUGUUGAGGAGGAGAAGGAAAAAGUGUUGAAGGGGGUGAGGGAAAGCGUGCUAUUCUAUCUUAAUAAGAAGCUGGGGAGUGUGGUUAAUGAGCAGAGGGAUAUGGUCGAGAAGAGGAUUGAGAGGGUGAGGGAGAGGGAGAGGAGUGUGCUUUAUAAGAAUACUUCGUCUUCUUCUUCGGUUGGGGGUGGUGGUGUUGGGUGGGGAAGGGUGGAUGGGGAGUGGAGGGGGGAUAAUACUACUGGAACUGGUGUGGUGAAGAUGGAUGAGAAGGAGGUAAAAGAGAUCGAGAAACAGUUAACACCGGAGCAAUUGCAACUGUUUGAGGAGGAGAAUGAUUCCCUGGUGAGGUAUUUUGAGGAUGUGGUGGGGAAGGUUCAGAACGCAGAAAAAUCCCUCCUCGAGAUAUCCUCUCUCCAGCAAACUCUCGUGUCGCAUUUAUCUACCCAGGAGGAAUAUAUCUCGCAGCUGGUGACGGAUGCGAGUAAUACCGAGGCGAAUAUCGGUCAAGGGAAUAAGGAGUUGAAGCGGGCGACGGAGAGACGGAGUACGGCGCAGGCGGUGUUUUGGGGCACCGUGGGGUUGUGUACGUGGUUGGUUGUUUGGGAUUUGGUUUUUUAG